CAACCGUCGUCACAGCACCGCCCUGCUCGGUUCAGCUGCCCAGUUGUUCUGGCGGUACGACAGUAGAGACGCUACGGCGCAGCCACCGCGUGCAGGUGUCAGUGCUUCAGCCCACACGCAAACGAAGAUUGCGGAUCGAACGAGGUCUUCUCCAUCACUCUUUCCACCAACAUAAGCACCACCACCACCGUUUCCCCACAGCCACGUCCCUCGUCCUGUAGCCCCCCCCCCGAUGCUCUCUCUCCCCUACAUCCCUCUCCUGUCGUCCACGCUACCCCCGCCGCCCGCCCCCGUAGGCUACGCGACGGUCCGCGCGCCCGCGCGCGCCUGGAGCCUGCCGUCGCCGAUAUUCCGGGCGCCGUCGCCGCGCGCCGGCGAGCCCGCCCUCCGCAUCUCGCGCAGCACAUGGGCGCUAUACUACCCGACCACCGAAGCUGGUGGCAGCGUGCAGUGGAUCCCGGAACCCGUGACGGGCGUGCUGCGCGGCUACGACCGCUACUUUGGCGCGGGGGCCGGCUGGCUGCUUCCGCUCAUCCGCGGCGCGGCGGCGCGGUACCACGUGCCCGUGGCGCCGAAUGCGCCGCUCAAGCCCGCGCACACGCCCUACCCCCUCGUCAUCUUCUCGCACGGGAUAUGCGGCACGCGCACGACGUAUUCGCAGUGGGCGGCGGCGCUCGCGAGCGAAGGAUACGCCGUGCUCGCCGUCGAGCACGCGGACGGGUCCGCGCCCUGCGUCCUCCUCCCCGACGGCGAAAUGGGGUAUACCGUCAUGAAGGAGCUCGAAUGGGGGACGCCGACGUCGUCGUCCCCAUCGCUGGGCUCGGGCACGCCUUCGUCGAGCUCGUCCGCCUCGCUAUCCUCUAGUUCUACCAAGCUCGGCCGACGAAGCCAGCGCGCGACGGAAGCCGAGUUCCGCGCGCUGCAACUCGACCAGCGCGUGCGCGAAGUGUACGCGGCGCACGCGGCGCUCGAGGCCAUGCUCAGCCCCGCCGGCGACGGCGACGCGGACGCCGGCGUCGCUGUCGACGGCCUCUCGGCGCCCGAAGCGGCGGCAUGGAUCUCCAGCCUCGCGGGACACAUCGACACGGCGCGCCCCGCGCUCGCGGGCCACUCGUUCGGCGCGUCCACCGUCUUCCGCGCGCUCGAAGCCCCCCCGCCAGACUAUGCGCGCAUGGACGUGUGCGCCGCCCUCGCCCUCGACCACUGGUGGGAGCCGUUCCCGUUCGUGCGCCCCGCGCGGGGGCCGGCGCCGAGCCCGCCGCUGCUCGCGAUCAACAGCCAGGAGUAUACGCAGGCGCGGCAGUGGCCGCAUGUGUUGCGCACGUGUGUGGAUGCGCGCGCGGACCUCGUCACGAUCUUGGGCACGAACCACGAGUCGUUCUGCGACUUUCCCGUCAUCGUGACUGCGUCGCCUGCGACGGAGCGCGCGUAUCUCGCCACAAUACACCGGCUUACUCUCGCCCUGCUGCGGGGCACGCUUGCCGAGGAAAAGGAGAUGCAAGGCGAGCCGGACGGCGGGGCGUGGGCGCGCACGUGGCUUGGCCGGAUGGCAGGCCGGCGGGGGGAGGUGGUGGUGCAUCUCCGUGCGGGGGAGGGGAGGGGGCGGACGAAGGAUGCGCGAGAGGCUGGGCUGGCGAAGAGUGGGUUGGAGAAUGGCCGAGUGGAGAAUGGGCAGGCGCAGGCAUCGCCCGCCCACUGACCUUAUACAUAUGUAGCACCCGGUAUAAUGUGUCGACGAGGCUGAGGACUCGUAAACGUCUCAGAUAGAAUGCGAAGUAACUCGCGCAACGCUGUCCCGCCUGUGUAGCAACUGCCCCCCCAUCACAAACAAGAGUGCAUUCCCCGGCCUCUGCACGCGCCGAAAAUAUAUAGUGCUACAACCAGCGUCCUCCUCCUGGUCAUGGUAUAUUACGGCUCGUGCGAGCCUCAAUGUUCGUGUAGUAUGAGAAAUGCGUGGAC